AUGGUCAUGCUCACCUUUGACGACGAAAUCUCUGCUGCCUAUUACGGAUAUUUCCAGCGCCUUUUCCGCCCAGGACGUUAUAACCCCAACGGCUGUCCGUUUCGAGGAGCGAUGUAUGUGUCUGGCGAUGGAACUGAUUAUAAUUUAGUCUAUCCAAUGUAUGCUAUGGGCAAUGAAAUCGCCUGUCACACCGUUAGUCAUCGAUUCCCACACACUUGGUGGGCUAACGCUAGCUAUGAAGAAUACAUCCAAGAAAUCGUCGGAAUGAGGGACAACCUUGUAGAAUUGGCCGGUGUUCCACGCAAAGAUAUUAAAGGCUUCAGAGUUCCAUUUUUGCAGCUUGGUGGAGACAAUAUGUAUCAAGCUAUCUACGAUGCCGGUUUUGAAUAUGAUACAUCAAUGUUUACCGGUCCUGUUUGGGAAGGGAGUGAGGAUCCUGUUUGGCCUUUUACGUUAGACUUUGUUCCCGAUCAAAAGUACUGCCAACAUGGGCCAUGCCCCACAAAGUCCUACCCGGGAUUGUGGGAGAUUCCAGUGAAACGGUGGUACGGUAUGGAUGGACAUUCGUGUGCCAUGCCUGAUGGCUGCACAGUCUUGGCCACAGCCGAAGAGACCCUUGAAUUCCUACGGAAGAAUUUCUACCGAUAUUACAACAGCAACCGCGCUCCACUCGGGGUUUUCGUGCACGCGCGCUGGUUCCACACUGAGCAUCACCUUGAUGCCGUCGAUAUGUUCAUCGACGAGCUGAUUCAGAUGGACGAUGUCUGGAUUGUGACCCCGAGUCAAGUAAUCGAGUGGAUGAAAAAACCGACUUCGAUUUACGAUAUCCAGUUCUUUGAGCCGUGGAGCUGCGAUGGAUCAAUGAAAGAUGCGUCACAGUGUUAUAGAAACCCACUGGCAUUGGCUUCUUCAUACAAAGUUGAUAUUACAUCAUCCUAUCUAUCUAUCUAUCUAUCUAUCUAUCUAUCUAUCUAUCUAUCUAUCUAA